GUUUUUUAUUUACUGAACUAUAGUUGAUAAUUUUAUUUAUUUUUGGAUUGCUUUUUUCUUUUACUGGCCUCCCUUGGCGUCGCUUCGUUCUAACUCAUUGGGCUUUCUAUAGGAUGGUUUCGGCGAGGGCCGCAUCGGCUCGCCUCUAUCACCAACAAGGCCUCACAGUAUGCGUCGACGUCAGAGUAUGCAAGUCCUCGAGCUCGAGGCCAGAGUCGAGCAGCUCAUAGCCGAGAACCGCUUGCUCUCCGAGGCUCGUCAUAGCACCGACCAGCAUCUGAGCCAUCGUGUCGUCACCGCUCUUUCCGACCGGGACACCCAGAUCGAGAGUCUCAAGCAGACGCUCAAGUUCCUCCGGGGCGAGGUCUCUCGCUUGACCGAGGUCAACGAUGGCCUCACAAGCGCCAACGCAGAGCUGGCCAACAAGGACAACAGCCGCUACGCAGACCUGCAGGUCCAUGCCGGCCGGGGCGAUAACCAGGAUGCCCUGAUGCAGGCUCUGCGUGACAAGGACGUUCAGAUUGCCGAUCUGACGGCCAAACUCGAUGCAGCCAAGGAAAAGAUCCGUGAGCUGCAGCGUCAGAUCCUCGAGUCCAAGGCUGCCGACGUGCAGUUCCUCAACAUCAAGGAUGAGGACUACUUUGACCACCGCUGCCAGCAGCUCUGCUCCCAUGUCCAGCAGUGGGUUCUGCGCUUUUCCAAAUUCUCCGACAUGCGGGCCUGCCGCCUGACAAGCGAGAUCAACGAUGAGAAGAUCAUCGACCGCCUUGACAAUGCCGUCCUGGAUGGCUCUGACGUCGACAGAUACCUCAACGACAGAGUCAGGCGGCGGGACAUCUUCAUGUCCAUGACCAUGAACAUGAUUUGGGAGUUUGUCUUUACCCGCUACCUCUUUGGAAUGGACCGGGAGCAGCGACAGAAGCUCAAAUCGCUGGAAAAGCUGCUGACAGAAGUUGGCCCAGCACAAGCCGUGCGCCAAUGGCGUGCCGUUACCCUUACGUUGCUCUCUAAGCGUGACACAUUCAAGAGGCAACGAGACCUGGACACGGAAGCCGUGGUCCAGGCCAUUUACCAGACCCUAUGCAAAGUCCUCCCGCCACCGUCCAACCUGGAGGCCCAGAUCCAAGCCCAGCUACGCAGGGUCAUGCACGAGGCCGUCCAUCUCUCCAUUGAGAUGCGCACGCAAAAGGCCGAGUACACGAUGCUGCCGCCUCUGCAGCCGGAAUACGACGCAGACGGCGAGCUUGUACAAACCGUCCAAUUCAAUGCGUCCAUGAUGAAUGAGCGGAGUGGGACGCUGAAGCUGACCAACGAAGAGCUCGAGGCUCACGGCGCCAUUGUGCGCGUUGUCCUCUUCCCUCUCGUCGUCAAGAAGGGAGACGACGAUGGCUCCAACGACGAGGAGAUUGUAAUCUGUCCCGCCCAGGUGCUCAUUGCCCGCAGCAAACUCACGCGCCAACCCACGCCAUCUGACGGGGGGAGAGUUUCUGUGGGCACAGGCCGCCUGAGCGGCGGUACCAAUUCUCCCGAUACCAGAACGGCCAAUGCCACCUAAGGAGAGGGAGAGAGACUGGGAGAGUUGAUGUUGAUGCUACUUAUGAUGACCUUUUCUUCUUUUUCUUAUUCUUCUCUUUUCUUUUCAUCCGUACGGUUUGAAAAAAAGCGAUGGUGUGUCUCCUUUUAUUCCGUACAUAUAUCUGUUAUGACGGCUUUGGUUCAUGGGUUUAUUAUUUUUUAUUAUUUGUUAUUUUCAGUACAGCUGUGUUUUCUUCUUCUUUUUAUUUUUUCUAUUCGACGGACUGCGGGAAAGCAAAGCAACAUGUUCAACAUGGUUUGAUGAUACGAUAUCCAUUGGAAAAUUUCCUUGUUCCUGCGACGACCUAUUUUUCCUCCUGGGUUGAUGGAUGAUGAACUUUCUGUUACACUCUGGAGGCCUGUACCUAAUUAUCGACAGCAUUUUGUGUGU